AUGCAGCCUCCAGAUGCCGAAGACCUGAGUCACCUCCGCCGAUCAGAAAGCCACCACCAGCUUCUAUAUGUACCAUAUAGCACUCACUACCAUUACCAACAUAAUGAUGCCUACAAUGCGCAAGUGGCAACAGCAAGGCGAACGAGUAUAACCGCACGCAUUCCUAUUACCAGCACCAACAACAAAAGCGUGGGUGCUCCCAGUACUCCGCAGCCGAACGUCGUCGCGCAACAGCAGAGGGGCGCAUUACACUCAUUCGCUACCUAUACAGACGAUGUGUCCCGCGCCCGCCCGCUACAGACCCCGUACCAGCUCCUCAACCGGAGGUGGAAAGCAAAUGAUUUGUUAUUCAGAAAAGGUGGUAGCCCCACUAUAUCAGCCCGCGACAGGAUCUCCAUCUCGAGCGGCAGAGGAGCCCCGGAGGGUGCGCCAGCUGGAGUCUCUCCCAUGCCAUCUGUUACUUCGCCUAUGGGGCCACCCCAAAAUCCCGUUAUUACGCUAUGA